AUGUCCCUCCCGCCAGAACCGCUGCAACCUUCUCGAAGCGAUGAAGAGUACGUGCACAUCAGAUGUCUUAUCGCUAACAUACAUAAGCCUAAGAAUGUUUCAAGGCCGCCGGUCACGCCGUUGGAAAAAGCUGCUCUCGAGGCGGUUCAGGAAUCCUCAGGGUCAUCGGAUACGGAGCGAAGUGGUUCCGGCUCAGAAAGAUCUGAGAUUAGUGUAGUAGAAGAAGGUCCUCCAACACGCCGAGAGAAAAGUAACAGCUACGCGGGUCCGAUGCUUGCACCACCGGUACUGCGCCAUCACAAGCGGCGGCGGUGUUCGUUCUUUCACCUACAAGUGGGAGGCGGCAGUGCGGAGCACUCGGGUGCUCAGUCCGCCGGUCCACACUUCAACGUGCCACGCUUCACAGUCACGGCGCCGCCUGGCGAGCACCGGCGCUUCAGCCAUGGCUUCCCAUUCCAUGGUUUCGCUCUCCGGCGACAUUCCAACACGGUCUGCGUAGAUAUUUUUCCAGUGUGA